UAUCAAUUAACAUUCCGAUCAACUCUAGUAAUUAAUUAUUUAAUUCACAGUCAACAUUGGUGACUUGUAGCAAUAUAAUUAUUCAAAUACACGGAUGGGUAUUGUUUAUUGUCUUUCUAUGGUAGAUUUAGACAUUUAUUGUUGGAUAUAGAACUUUAUUAGUGGAUACACGUGUCUGUUUGUGGAUUUAAACGGUUGUUGGUGGAUUUAGACUUAUUUACUUUCCGAAAGUUUAGAAAGUUGUGUUUUUUUUUUUAAAUCUGGUGAACAAAAUGUUAUCCAGUAAAGAGAGUGUGAGGUCUGCUAUGGAUAAAUCCGACACAGCCACGACGAUUGUGGAUAACAAUAACAAGACAGUACCCGUGGAUUAUUACUACAUAGAGGCCCUGCGCUACCUCUCGUGCAAGUCUCACAAGGAGGGGGACAGCGAGUGCCGGUGCAUGAAGUGUCGAGGAAAAGAUGGUGAUAGUGAGGACGACAGCGAUAGCAGCGGAGAUGACGCAACAGCGGAGGCCGCUGGGAAGAGAGAAAGAUCGUGGUCUCAAUCUAUGGCCGAGGAGUAUGAAUCAGGGGCAAUAAGUCAGCUGCCAAAUAUGGACGAAAGUAAUGGCAACGGCCGACUGACCAGCAGACGAUUUAGUGAUGGGAUGUUGUUGAAAUCAGAGUUUAAGGUUUCCAACGGACGAGUCCACUGGGCAGACGAUGUCAAGAAGGAACUGACAAGGUCAAGGCCAAGGAAAAAAUACGUCAGAAACCCAACGCUUAAACCUACGCCCAUCAAAUCUAUCCUGAAAAACGCCUCGGACGAAAAUUUGGUGAUUGAAGAAAGUUUAGGCACAUCGUACUGAUAAAAAAAAACAAACAAACAAAUAACAAUCACCCUUCAACUGUUUUGUUAUGGGUUAGGGAAUUCCCCUUAACCUUUGAACUAUUAAUGAGUGACGUUUCUGUAAAACUUUUUUUUCCCAAGUAUGAUUGGAUGAUAUCUAAAGUCUGGUUUUUUGUCAAGAUAAAUGACUAAGUUGUCAUCAGCUUAUGAUAUUCUGCGCUAACAAAACUUAAUUCGGUGUUUCAGAGGUUUACAUUGAAGGUAAAAAUUAAACCUAGUUUGCUUUUAAACGUUGUUUUGUAUGCGUUCAAGACACAACUUUAAGGAAUUGUAGCACCAAGUGAAUUAGCCUUAAGGAUAGCCAUUGUGGUAGCAUAAGCUAACGUAAGUUAGCCACAGUGGGAUUUAGGGAUUAAGGUAGCUCUAGCCAUGGAUGAGGACGGCGUGGUCGGAUGGUAAAGCGUAGGACUGCUAACACGAAAAUUUCGAGUUCGAAUCCCGGGUUAGCCCUUAAAACAUCCUUGAGUCCACCCAGCUCUCAUGGGUACCCUACUCAAGUAAGGGAAGUGAAUGUGGCUUCAUAUUCCGAGGUUACCGAAACAGGUGAACUCUACUUCAACCUUCCACGUGGACCCUCAGGUUUGAAAAGGUACUGUAGUCAUUAAUGGAGGGUAGCCAACAAGGCUGUGUAAAAUAAUUAUAAGGAAUUAAUAUAGUCAGACAGGCUAUGUAGACACAAUGGUAGGCCAGCCAUAAAUGAGUAUAAUCGUAAGGCGAUGCUACAAAAGUGUGCACCAUUCGUGUGCAACGUUGGUGUGCAAUUCGAACAGUUAACUACUGACCGUCACAUUACUUCCUUUCAUAAAGCACGCGUUGGUUAGACACUGUAAACAAUGAAAGGUUAGCCAAAUACGCGAGUUAUUACAUACAUUACACCUAUUACAAAUGAUUAUGUUGUAUUGCUAUGUAUAAUUUGUUUUGUUUUAAAAUAAAUGCAA